CUCGUCUCCUAGCUCAAGACACUGAUAAAUAUGUAACAAGUCGAUACAGAGCUUUUUAUCUCUUAUCCGAAAUCCAAUUGAUCUCAAGUAAAGCCCGAAACGGGUAUCCUAUAAGUUUGAGUUUUCAUAUCUUAAAGUUAGCUUCUAUCAACAACAAACAGUCUAAACUUCUUUUUAUUUAUUUAUUAUUGAGUGUGUAAUUCUGCGGUGUUGAUUGAUUUUGGUAUUGGAAUUGGAAAUGGUUAGGGAGAAUUCAGAAUCUGGAGAUCGGUAAUUAAUCAGAGAUGGUAGAUAGGGAAGAGAAGGAGGAGCAGCGUGGUGGGGUGGUGAUGGGGAAGUACGAGGUGGGGAAAUUGGUGGGAUGUGGGGCGUUCGCGAAAGUGUACAGAGGGAGGGAGACAGGGACGGGGCAGAGCGUAGCGAUCAAAGUGGUGAGCAAGCAAAGGCUGAACAAGAAUGGGGGAGGCCUUAACGCCAACGCCAACGUCAAGAGGGAGAUCGCUAUCAUGCACCGCUUGCGUCACCCUUACAUCGUGCGCCUCUCGGAGGUGCUCGCCACCAAAUCCAAAAUCUUGUUCGUCAUGGAAUUCGCCAAAGGCGGGGAGCUCUUCGCCAAGGUCUCCAAGGGCAGGUUCUCCGAGGAUCUCAGCCGCCGCUAUUUCCAGCAGCUAAUCUCCGCCGUUGGUUACUGCCACUCACGCGGCGUAUUUCACCGGGAUCUCAAGCCUGAGAAUCUCCUCCUCGACGAGAAGCUCAAUUUGAAAAUUUCUGAUUUCGGACUAAGCGCCCUCUCCGAACAGAUCCGACCCGACGGACUCCUUCACACCGCCUGUGGCACGCCCGCCUACGUGGCGCCUGAAGUCCUGGCGAAGAAAGGAUACGACGGUGCUAAAGUCGACGUGUGGUCAUGUGGAGUGAUACUGUUUGUGCUCAACGCAGGCUAUCUACCUUUCAACGACCAUAACCUAAUGGUCAUGUACAGAAAAAUUUACAAGGGAGAGUUUCGCAUUCCCAAGUGGACCUCGCCUGAUCUCCGCCGACUCCUCACUCGCCUCCUCGACACCAACCCUCAGUCCCGGAUCACCAUCCAAGAGAUCAUCCAGGAUCCCUGGUUCAAACAGGGCUACGACGACCGGAUGUCCAGAUUCCACCUCGAGGACUCCGACUUGAAACUCCCGGCCGCCAACGAGUUGGGAACAAGGCCGAUGAACGCCUUUGACAUCAUCUCUGGCUCUCCUGGUUUCAAUCUCUCCGGUCUCUUUCACGGUAAUUACGAUCGAGUCGAGCGGUUCGUGUCGGGUUGGACGGCUGAGAGGGUGGUGGAGAAGCUGGAGGAGAUGGCGGCGGGGGAGGAUGAUGAUCUAACUGUGGCGAAGAAAGAAGCGUGGGGGAUGAAGAUUGAAGGGCAAAGAGGUAAUUUCGCGAUGGUUGUGGAGAUUAACCAGCUAACGGACGAGCUGGUGAUGAUCCAUGUGAGGCAGCGACAACGAGCCGCUGCAUCUGGACGUGAUAUGUGGUCAGAUACGGUGAGGCCUUUCCUCCUGGACAUUGUCCACAAACCGGACGAGACGGUGGCCGGUUUAGAAACAAACCAAAACAAGGAAGGUGCUUCUUCUUUGCGUGACGUCGUGAAUACCACGAUGCCAUUGUAGUUUUAGGUAUCUGUCAUAAUCAUCCAACAAGAAACAUAAUUAACAAAACUUCUCCACAGUUUUUCUUUUUUUUUUUGUACUUUAAUCGUAAUUAUCAUGUGUAUAUAUAUAUAUGUUUUGAUGGUCUAAUAUAUCUCCACAUAAAUGACGUUGUUGGAAAUAAAAUCUCACAUUGGAUAUAUGACUUCAGAC